AACUGAUGCCUCCUCCUCCAGUCCUUUCUGUUAUGUGUUUAGUUGUGUUCUUGUUGUCUUUGAUAGUGUCGUAAAAGCAGCAAACGUUUGCAUAAAUAUGUGUAGUUUUCCCGUCUGCUGGAAAAGAGCUCGAAUAUGUAUGUGAGCUUGACAGCGAUACGAAGACAAAGCGAAAAAAGAGAGCAACGAGUAGCGUGGCGAGAAGUGCGCUUACGAUGAAUAUGGAAUCUUGUGAAGCAGAUAUGAAUAGUCAUGGGGAUGAGGAUGCAGGGUGUGAUCGUCACGAGAGCCUUGAAAACAUUAAAGAUAACGAUAAGAUGUGUGAAUCAACAAGAAAACGUAAGGAGCAGAAUGACGAACCAGUGGAUCAGACACUGUCGAACUGUAGCGAGGACACAAAGGACAUCACUUCUAAAGAUACUCCGGAUAGUAAUGAUGCCCACGUUCCGCUGGAGCCAAGCAAUGGAGAAAAGGCAACUGAAUCAACUUCACCAGAUGCCAAACUGGUCAAGAUGACUUGCAUGUCUACAGAGAUGUCAGGGACAAACCUCAGUUCCCCCGUAAAUACAGAUAACGCACAUAACGAAGAUGUGGAGAUGAGUCUAGCAGACAAAGAGUCUCUGCCUAGCAACUCUCCUGCUUUGCCCGACUUGCAAGGCCCCUGUCCGAGUGUUGACUCAAUGGUGGUGGAACCCAUACCCUCGGUUCCCAAUUUAGAGAACAUCAAAGACGCUGUAGAGAACAUCAAAGAAGAACCUGAAGUGACACCCAUGGAAACAGGUGACACAGAGGGGCAAAGCUCUGGUGCUGCUGAUGUUUUUGUUCCUGAAAAAGUCAAGACUGAACCUCAGAGUGACCAGACACAGGUGUCUUCUUCAGAAAGUGAGCAAGUCUCAGCAGAGCAGAAAGAACAGGAAUGGCUCGGGACCCCAAUAAAGGAGCUCAGAAGAAUGCCUCAGUGUGGACAGUCCCUGCCACACCUCAGGGCAACAGACAAUCACAAAGUACUCAUCAGGACAGACCUGCUCAAAGAAGGUCAAAGCCCCCUUCCAUAUCCGAGCAAAUACAGAGAUUCCUGGGAUGAUAUGACCGUAAAGAUGCCUUGUUCAGACAAGAACCUGUUUCCUGUGGAGAAUGAGGAUGGAAGUGUCGUGCAAAGUCGAUGGGAUUUGAUUUGUACAGCUUUGGAAGGAGAAUGCAAAAGUUCACUUGACAUUAGGGAUGCAAUAUUGAGUUACAACACAGCACAUGCUAAAAGAUGGGACUUCACAGCUUUGAACUUUCUCUGCACUGAGGGUAUGGAAAAUGAAGAAGUACAGCAUCUCUUUAAUGCCAUAUUGCCAAAGAUGAUGAAACUGGUUUUGAAUACACCCAAGAUUUGCACCCAGCCAAUCCCGCUACUUAAGAUGAGGAUGAAUCAGUCCUUGACCAUGUCACAGGAACAAAUUGCCUGCCUUCUUGCCAAUGCCUUCUUCUGUACAUUUCCCAGACGCAACUCACGCAAGUCUGAGUAUGCCAACUACCCCGAGAUCAAUUUUUACAGACUGUUUGAAGGUUCUUCUUCACGCAAGAUUGAGAAACUCAAAACUCUGCUGUGCUAUUUCAGAAGGGUCACUGAAUCAAUGCCCACUGGCCUUGUCACAUUCACAAGACAGAGUUUGAGCAGUUCUCCAAAAUGGGAAAGUUCAAAGAAACAGCUCACCCGUCUUCAUAUCACCUAUAAGGGCACCAUAGAGGAUGACGGCUACGGGAUGCUUCAGGUGGACUUUGCAAACAGGCUCGUGGGUGGAGGGGUGACAGGUAUGGGGUUGGUCCAGGAGGAGAUACGCUUCAUCAUCAACCCUGAGCUCAUGGUAUCACGCCUCUUCACAGAAGCUCUGGACCAGAACGAGUGCCUCAUCAUCACAGGCACAGAGCAAUACAGCAAGUACUCUGGCUAUGCAGAGAGCUUCAGAUGGAAAGCCAAUCACAAAGAUGAGAUUCCCAGAGACGGGUGGCAGCGGAAGUGCACCGAAAUUGUGGCCGUGGAUGCGCUGAAAUACAGGAAUUUCAUGGAACAGUUUCAGCCCGAGAAAAUGACCCGGGAGCUAAACAAGGCAUAUUGUGGUUUCAUGCGACAUGCUGUGAACCCUGAGAACCUCUCCGCCGUUGCCACAGGAAACUGGGGAUGUGGUGCAUUUGGAGGCGACACGCGACUCAAAGCUCUGCUGCAGUUGAUGGCAGCUUCUGAGGCAGGGAGAGAUGUGGCCUACUUCACUUUUGGAGAUGAGGACCUCAUGAGGGACGUGAAUGCCUUGUACAGAUUUCUUAAAGACAAGUGUGUCACUGUCGGCACUCUGUACUUCUACUUACAACAGUACUCUAAUGUGGUGUCUAAGCAUCUCCAGAGGCCUAACAUCAGCCUCUAUGGCUACAUCUAUGAUAAGGUCAAUGCAAAUAUGGACCCCGAGCCCAGCCCCAGCGACAGCAAUUUAACCACUGCGCCUUCCCCCUGUCCUGCAGACUGCCAUUAAUGCUGGUCAACGGCUAACUCAACCUGUCCAGAUGCCUCAGUGCUUUCUUUUCCUUUAGAAAGACUUUUUGGGUGGUUGUCUUGAGAGCACAUUAUGCCUUUCUUUUCCUUUUUUUGUACCAGUGAGUGAGGUUUAAGUCAUUAUGAAUAAGGCGACGGAAAGUAUGGCAAUAGACUAGAAAUCCUUAUUUCUGGUGAGCAUCAUCUAGGUUUGAUCCCGGAAUAGUUUUUUUGUUUAGAAGCUUUCCUGGGAUCAAAUUUACUGCAUGAUCUUAGGUAAGUUUGGUGACCAAGGUGUAGUCAUUUAAAAAAAAAAAAAUCUUAUUCAGGAACUAAUAGUGAUUCACAAUAAAGUGUGUAGACAUAAAAAAUAUGCAUGAGAACUUCUAAAUACACAGUAAAGUCCCCUUUGACACUUGAUUAUAAAAUGUAUUGCACAAGACGUAUCCGUAUUUUUUUUUUUUUUUUUUUUAAGUAUGAAAAGGUUUGAUAUUGAAAGAUGUGAAAAGGAAAUAUUACAUGAUGGGGGAAAAAUGAAUGGGACUGCUGCAAAUCGGAUUGAGUGAAAACCUAUAUGGUCUCUGCAUGACAUUUUUUUGGCGAUUUAUUACGCUCAAGGUUUUUACGGUUUCAUUUGUUUUGAUUAAAGGCACCUUCGAGAAAUGGGGUUGAUAUUUAAAGGUAGUGAAUAUUUUCAUAUGUUUUGUUCUUAUUAUGAUUUGAUAAUUAAAAUCGUUGAUUCAA